AUGGACUUUAACGUGAAAAAGCUUGCCACGGGUGCUGGGCUGCUUUUUACACGGGCUGUUCAGUUUACAGAAGAGAAGCUGGGCCAGGCAGAGAAGACUGAGUUGGAUGCUCACUAUGAAAACCUAAUGAGCCGCGCAGACUGCACAAAAAACUGGACUGAGAAGAUCUACAGGCAAACAGAAGUUUUACUGCAGCCAAACCCAAGUGCUCGAAUUGAAGAGUUUGUGUAUGAAAAGUUGGACAGGAAAGCACCAUCCAGAGUUACCAAUGGAGAACUUCUCGGUCAUUAUAUGCAGGAUGCUGCUAACGAAUUUGGUCCCGACACUCCAUAUGGAAGCACUCUAAUCAAAGUGGGAGAAUGUGAGCAAAGAUUAGGAGCAGCUCAGAGGGAGUUCCUUCAUACGUCAGCCAUCAGUUUUCUGACACCCCUCAGGAACUUUCUGGAAGGAGACUGGAGGACUAUUACAAAAGAACGGCGUCUAUUGGAGAAUCUUCGCCUUGAUCUGGAUGCUGCUAAAUCGCGUUUGAAAAAGGCCAAAGCAGCGGAGGCAAAGGCUGCGUGCGAGGUCGAUGUGGCGCCAGAUUUUCAGGAGACCAGACCGCGCAACUAUGUGCUGUCUGCCAGCGCCUCUGCUCUUUGGAGUGAGGAAGUUGAAAAAACUGAACAUGAACUCAGAGUUGCCCAAACUGAGUUUGACCGCCAGGCAGAGGUUACACGGCUUCUUUUGGAGGGUAUUAGCAGUACGCAUGUGAAUCACCUCCGCUGCCUACAUGAGUUUGUGGAGGCGCAAGCAAUUUAUUAUAAGCAGUGUCAUUUCCACAUGCAGGAACUACAGAAAGAACUUGGAAGCUACAGUGGGGAAAAUAAACUACCAAAUGCUUUUGCACUGAAUUCCUCCGGCACCAUAGCUACCGCGGACUUGAUAUCAGAAGGCUUCAACAGUUCUGUGGAGAUGGAUACACUGAAGAUUGAGGAAGUGCAAGCUCCUGCUGCAGGAACGCGCAAGGCCAAAGUCCUUUAUGAUUACGAUGCUGCCGAUUCCAGUGAACUUUUCCUCGUAGCAGAUGAGAUCAUUACAGUUUACACAGUCCCAGGCAUGGACUCGGACUGGCUGGUUGGCGAAAAGGGGGACCAAAAAGGAAAAGUGCCUGUCACAUACUUGGAGCUUCUCAGCUAA